UUUGAUUUUUCAGGUGAUAACAGCCACACCUUUGCAGCAACAGUAAGCAAACAGACAAGGGAUAUGGACAAGGCAAAGGUUGCAGCAUUGUCCAAGAGCAAGAAUGCCAUCGUAUCUGCCAUGACCAAUGUAAUGUUUGCAGCACAACAUGACAUUGCUAACACUAUUGUGCCUGAACUCCACCAACUUUGUAUCACACAGGGUGCAACUCAACUGAAAGACCUCAAAGUGGACAACCACACAUCAUACUCGCACCACAGCAGCACUAAGGAAUUUCAGCAGUCUAUGGCAGAGGUAGUGGUAGAUCAGUUGUUAGGUCAGGUUCAGAACUCUGGAGUGUUCAGCAUUAUGCUAGAUGAGAGUACAGAUGUCUCUGUUCAUCAGAAUCUAAUGGUUUAUAUUAGGUACUUGGCUAGUGUAGGUGGUAGGGUUCAGCCUAUUACUCGGUUUCUUGGUAUUAGACAGUUGUCAACUGCAAAUGCAGAAUCCAUUUUCACUGUACUUGUAAGUAUGCUCGAGUCUUAUGGUUUGCCUCUUGACAAGUUGGUUGGUGUUUCAACAGAUGGUGCUUCAGUUAUGGUAGGUUGUAAGAGUGGUGUUGUGACUAGGCUUAGGGAGGUGACUAGUGGUUUGUUGGCUACUCACUGUAUUGCCCACAGGUUAGCUCUUGGUACAGGAAAUGCUGCAGACAAGGUGAGGUAUUUGGUAAAAUUUCAGGAUGUCAUUAACAGUAUGUAUAAGUACUUUGCCUAUUCUCCCAAGAACAUGUCCAGGCUUGAGGGUAUCCAAGCAGUCCUUAAGGAUUCUAAAACCCGUCUGCAGCAGGUCUUUCAUACUAGGUGGCUAACUUUUGAAGGUAGUGUGCAGGCAGUUGUUGACAAUUACUCUUCCCUAGUCAGUGUAUUUCUUGAGGACAACUAUGCUAAGGCUCUUGCUAUGCAUAAACCUAUCACCACUUAUAAGUUCUUGUACACGGCACACUACCUGGCUGAUGUUCUUAGGCAUUUGGCGAUUCUGUGCAAGUCCUAUCAGAGGUCUGAUAUUGACUUCACAGAGGUGAACCCCCUCCUUCUGUCUACUGUUGAGGUUUUGGAAGGUCUCAGAUCUGGAUCAGGUGGCAAUCUUUCUCAGUUUCUUAACCAAGUCCCUGAAACCCCAGAAGUUGAUUCAGUUGGUUUGUGCACUUUUGAGUUUAAGGGUCACAAUAUCAGGGACAGUGCCCAGCAGAGGUCAGAGGCUUCUUCAGCCUGUUCCCAGUUUGUAGGUUUAGUGAUUGACAACCUUAGGUCUAGGUUUACAGAGGAGGGAGAUGCUACAGUGUUAAGGGCUCUAACUCAGUUGUUUGACCCAUCGUUUUACUCACAGUCUGAUAGUUUUGUUCUUUCUGAGGCUUCUUCUGUAGUGUCCGACUAUCUAUCUUCUUGUGGUGUAGGUUCAAAGUCUGACGUAGAAGCUGAACUAGUUAAUUUUCAGGGUUAUGCUAAGAUCCAAGUUGCCAAGAACCCCCAUGUUUACUUAGGUGUUAGGGACUUGCUUCAGCUUAGCAUAAGGUCCAAGUCUACCUACCCUGCCCUUGCUGUAGCUGCUGAGAGACUUCUUGUUGCACCUGUCAGCACCGUUGAUUGCGAAAGAGGUUUCUCAAAAAUGAACAUUAUAAAAACCGACCUGAGAAACAAGCUGUGCAUUGAAACACUGAAAAACCUUAUGCGUUUGAGCCUCUUUACUGAGCCUUUGGACUGUGGAACUGCAUUUGACAAGUGGGCAUCUACCAAGGCUCGGAGGAUCUUGAUGUAACACUCAGUGAUAGACUCUGCCUUAGUUAAUACAAACAGUGCGUGAUGAUAUUCUAGUGCUUGAUAUUAUAAACGUUUAUGAUAUUUAUUAUAAUAAAUUAUGAAAAUUGUU